AUGAAUAACGAGGGAAACAAUUAUGAUGAAGAGGGGAGGUUCAAUCCUCUAAUGGAUGGAGGGGAACAACAAUAUCCACCCGCUCCUCCAUUAGGGAAUCUUCAUGGGAUAACGGCGGACCAAAUUAAACUUCGGAUGUUCCCUUUUUCCUUGAGGGACAAGGCUAGCAUUUGGUUGCACUCUCUACCUAAUGAGUCCAUUCACAAUUGGAGGGAGUUGGCUCAAGCCUUCCUUAACAAAUAUUUCCCUCAUGGCAAGACUACAAAGUUGACUAAAGACAUACUUGAGUUUGUCCAAUUUGAAGGAGAAUCACUUCAUGAGGCAUGGGAGCGGUUUAAGGAUUUACAACGAAGUGUACCCCAUCAUCGGCUCAAUAGAGAGCAUGUUAUACAAAUCUUCUAUGAUGGGACGAAUGUCACUACCCGAGCCACUAUCGAUGCGGCUUCGGGGGGUUCACUUAUGCAAAAAACCUAUGAGGAAGCCCUUGAAUUGGUGGAGAAAUUGGCCGUGGUUAGUAGUACUUGGGGUCCUAUGGAAAGAAGAGCGCCACCUACUCAAAAGUCACUCAUGACUCUUGAUCAAGUGAGGGAGAUGGAGUCCAUAAAAGCCGCAAAUGCUUCGCUUCAAGCUCAAGUGGAUGCUCUCAAGAAACAAGUCGCUCCUAUGCAACGAAACGCUCCGGUGGCUUAUGUUCAAGUAGGACAAGGCAAUGCUCAAGGGCCUAAUCAAGCGGGUCCAAGCUUCCAAGGUGGAAAUAGACCUCCCCAACAACAAGGAAAUUACCAUCACAAUCAAGGUCAUGGCAACAAUGCGAGUGCUAGACCUCAACAUCCUCCCGGGUUUCAAACUCAAAGAAACAUGGAUGAAGGGAAUAUGCUUGCUAAGUUGAUGGAUGAGCUUAGAGAGAUGAAGCAACUUCAAAAGAAUCAAGCCGCCACUAAUCAAAUGCUUGAGACUCAAAUCUCUCAACUUGCUAUCAAUCUUCAAGCUUGGCGGACGCACUAA